AGGUUGUCUUUCUUUUACUAACGAAUGUAUAAAAGUAAAUUCAUUUUACCAAAAGGGUGUGAAUAUAAUGGUCAGUGUUUAAAAAGAAAUGAAACUGUAAGUGAACAGUGUAAGAUACAGAGAUGUGAUGAACGAAAUAAUCUGGUUGGUAUUUACACAGUUGAAACUGGCUGUCCAUUUUUCAAUGGAAGAUGUCUGAACACUGGAGAGUUUGCUGUAGAUAAAUGUAGAUUAUAUCAUUGUCAAGCCGAAUUGGUUAAUGGUGAAGUUUGGUUCACUGCCAAAGAGAAAGCUGUCAUGUGUGAAGAUGUGCAUGGUGAAUGUCACGGUGCUGGUAUGAAGAUGACACUGAGAUCUAAAUAUGGACAAAAUAUCAACUGUACAUGUAUUGUUAAUGGUUUGACAGUGGGCUAUCAGUGUUAAUGGGUUUGAAAAGCUGAAACU